AUGUACAGCAGGCAAACGAAUCUAGUUAAGAUAACUGUCGUUUUAACUGCUUUGCGACAUCGCGGCCAAUUUAUUUUAUUCUGGAGGCGGCUUUUUUGGCGUAUUCAAAUCUGGUACCAUAUCGAAAUGUCUAUGAAUCAAAGCCAUUCCGCAAACGGCAAUGGUGUCAUUCUGUUUUAUGGAGAAAGGAUGUUAAUUUAUUACGAUGGAUGUCAUGUAGAACUCGAGGGUCAGUUUCUCAAGUUUUCACAUAUGGGACGUUUGUACCUGACUUCACAUAGAGUGAUUUUUAUCAACAAAAAAGCGUCAUCAGGCGUACUAUCAUUCAGUAUGCCAUUUGUUAAUAUGAAAGAGGUUGACAUUAAACAACCUGUGUUUGGUGCGAAUCGCGUAGAAGGCAUAAUUACGGCUGAACCGAAUGGUGGCUGGCAGGGUGAAGCGAAAUUCUCACUAACAUUCAAAAAAGGUGGUGCAAUUGAAUUUGGCACAACGUUAAUCGAACUAGGCAGACGUGCAUGUUCUGCAAAACAACAUUUCAAACCGCCAAAUGCAUAUUCAUCUGUAGCAGAUAUGAAUGGUGCAGGUCAGUAUUAUGCUUGUCCACCACCAGCUUAUUCCGCGCCUUACAAUGAUCCAUACUAUGGAUUUGUACGACCACAUGAAGCAUUCACUGUACCUCAAGCAGAAACACUCUACCAAGUCAGAGCACCACCUCCAUAUCCUGGUGCAACACCUACCACAAUGGCUAAUGAUUUUGGACCUACUGGUACAAGUCAGUACACAACACCUUAUCCUACUACCUCGACAACUAUAGGAGGGAAUGCACCAUAUCCAGUUACCAACUCAAAAUAUGAAUCUAAAUCGAAUGAAGCUGUUGCUUUCAAUGGUCCUGCCAAUGUUGUAAGUGGAGGUUACUACUUUCCAGAAGAUCCUUUUAGUGUAUAUGUACAACCUAGUGCUCCAAAUUAUCCAGGCAACCCCCCAUCUUAUCCGGGUAAUACUCAAGAUAAUCAUAAUCAACCACCUCCCUAUCCAACUGAAAACUACAGCCAGCAACAAAACGCUUCUAAGAAAAAUCAGUAA